AUGUUUUCGCUUACGCAUGUGCUUAAGUUCUGGAAUUUACACAAUUCUAAAGAUCAGCUUAUACCUCAAUACGACCAUUUCGAAGAUCUACCAGAUCUCAGAUGGGUACUCGACUUACCACACGAAAUAAUACUUCUUAUUUUGAAAGAACUUUCGCCUUCAGAUCUUGUUGUCUUAUUGAAACACAAUUUCCCAUUUCAAGAUGAUGUACGAAAACAGAUUGCAAAAGGGCCAUUGUAUAUCGAUGACAUGCAGUGUCUGCCGUUAGCAAAGUCAGGUAGACUUCGUAUCGGCACUGAACGUUUCAAGAUGUUUGCAGACAAGUUUCCAAAUCUCAGGUUUGGAAAGCUUGUCACCAGUCAUAUUGUCUUGUCCCAAUUACAUAAUGAUAACCCCGAUGCUAAUGUUCUAGAGAGAGCAGACGAAAUCGAAAUUCAUGUAAGUGGGCUUUACCAGUUUUAUAGUACCAGUGAAGUGCCAAUUAAGUGUCGAUGUAGUUUUAUUCAAAAAAAGUGGGUAUUGGCUGGCUUGGACUUGGAUUCACUACCUCCAACAACGUUCGCUGUCACACAAGAGGUUAUACCAAGGAUGAUGAUUUACUAUUGUCUUAGAAGUGAGCAGAUCACUACUCCGAAUUUACCUACAAAUUUGAAGUUGCUUGAUUUCUCAACUUUAACAAUUGAUGAUAGGGACGUAGAUAUACUUCCCCAAUCCCUUGAAACACUAAGAAUUAACAUCUAUUCAGUCAAACAGGAAAUUGAUUUGUCUCAUUUGAUUAAUCUUAAACAUUUGACUCUUUCAACCAUUAAUAUAGAAUCACCUACUGACUGUAUUUUUCCUUCGAAAAUACAAGAGCUAGAGUUGAUAUGCCCAACCUUUAGAGACUAUGAAUCUUUGGAAAAGUACCACAGCUUGAAAUCACUUACAAUCCACCCGCCAAUAGAGACAACCCCAGUUUUGUUCAACAGGACUUCUUUGCCUCGAAAUAUUGACCUGCUUACCAUAAGAACAUUGCAUGCAACGACUGGAACACCAGUAAUUAUAAACGAAUUUGUACUUCCGCCAUUUUUGAAGGAGUUGAAAAUACAAGCUCAUGGCAAGCUUAGCUAUUUGGUUCUACCACCGUCUAUCCAUACCCUCGAGCUAAGAGACUUUACAGUUCAAAACUGUGGUAUUGAAAGCGUUAGAAAUCUAACCUUAGGACGUGGAAAUGAAAGUAUGUUUGCACAAAUACGUGAAAGCAAGGCAUUGCAAUCCUUGACUUUAUACGACUGUGACUUAAACUUGGAUAAACCAGUAAUUUUUAACUCAGAGCUCAAGGAGCUCUAUUUGAACGACUGUAACUUGGACUACACUACUGAAGAACUUGAAAAAACACUAAGUAACCUUGCCAAGUUAGAAGUACUCAGCAUAAAAGUACCGGAAUAUAAUGUUUUCCUUGCUGAGCCUCUAUUUAACCUUGUACAUUUGCCUCAGAAUUUGAAAGUGUUGAAAUUUGAAUCAAACCCCUAUUGGUAUUUGAGUAGCGUUAACCCUAGAACCCUUGAGAGCCGCGAACAUAUGAAUUUCUGUAUUCUUGCAGAUGAAUGUCAAUUACCACCAAAGUUAGAAGAACUUGAGAUUGUAAGCUCAAGCAUAAAACUUACCAAAGGACUACGAUUGCCAACCACUCUCAGACAUUUGUCGUUUCGGGGAUUUAAACAUAAAUUCAAAUUUUCUUCGCUUACGUUACCACCAUAUUUGGAAACCUUGGACUUGCUGGAAUGUAUGUUUAAUUUGGCCAAUACGAAAUUCCCACUGACAUUAAGAGAAUUUGAUCUUCCCGAUGCAUAUGAAUCUGCCAAACCUCUCAACUCUACUAACUUGGCGACACUAGAUUGGAUCAACUUACACAGUGACAACUACGGUUCCAUUAAUGGAAAGUUUUAUUAUAAUCAAGUCCCAUGGACCGAAAACGAAUUCGAUUAA